UUUCAAGGCACCGAUUCCGAGGUUACCAGGCUGCUUUGCCUGUUUCUCACACACCCAGCACCCUUGACACGAGAUAAAACCUAGCUCAGCUGUACCAUCGAUGUGUGUAAACGACACUAUCGACUACUUGGUAAUCCAAUCGUCGGGCGUAACGGCAGCAACUCCGGGUUCGUCGCGGUAGUCUCGCAAAUGUCAAGUCUUAAGGGUCCCGGUGACGUUCCCCUGCGUGUGUGGACUAAGGGGUAUAUUAUCCCUGUCACCACCCUGCGCAUCUGCCAGUGCUGCGUAUAUUAAGGUCCGCAAUGUCAACGAACAUUUUCCUCGUCCCACCAUUAUGUCUACCCCAAUGCAUCUGGUCGACCUCCCACCGGAGGUACUUUCGCUCAUAGUCAACGACAUGGACCGAGAUACCCUCCUUGCUCUCUGUCUGACAGGAAAACGCAUACUCCAUGAAAUAGCCCGUCGUUACCUUCGGCAGAAUGUCAUGGUACUGUUUGACGCGUGCCGAAAGCCCAAGCCCAACCUCUUUUCAUUCGAUGACGGUCGUCUAUCAGCUAUCAGGUCGCUCUCACUCGUCGUUCAUGGAUACAUUGAGUUGGAUUCCAAGUUAUGUUCGUUGGUUUUCAUGAAGAUGGUCAACCUGAAUGAUGUCCGUGUGGUGGGAGGACCCGGUGUUCUCGUCCGUUGGAUAGUCGAGAGCACGGGAGCGUCUCUCACGACCGUUGAAUUGGAAGGAUGCGAUGCGGAGCCGCAAGAUUUCGUUGGUAUGGCUCCGGUUUGUAUUCGGAGACUUGUCAUUUCGCGCUGUCAUUCGAACAUACGAUUUAUUUUGGGUCCAUUGACUGUGGAGGAGCUUGAAAUGUAUGGUCCAGGUUCGUCGUUCCGCGCAUAGCCUUGCCAUAGUCACCAACGAGCACACGUGAAGGUCUC